AUGUUCUUCCCUCAAUCACUUGUUUCUGUACCACACUUCAGAAGCAGAAACAUACACAUUGGCUUCCGCAAGAUGGCCAACAUUGCAGACCACUACGAUGAUCCCGUCUCAAUCGCUGUCAUCGGCGGCACCGGUCUACAGUCCCUAGCAGACUUCACUCACGUAGCGACUCUCAAGCCAACCACACCAUGGGGCACUCCCUCUUCCCCGAUCUCCGUCCUCCACCACCCUUCACCCUCGACCGGCAAGCCAAUCCCCAUAGCUUUCCUCUCCCGACACGGCCUCCACCAUGAACUCGCACCCCAUGAAGUGCCAGCACGCGCCAACAUUGCUGCUCUCCGUCACAUCGGUGUUCGAACCAUCAUCGCCUUCUCCGCUGUUGGCUCUCUUCAAGAGGCCAUCAAGCCUCGCGACUUUGUCGUCCCAGACCAGAUCAUCGACCGCACCAAGGGCAUUCGACCAUUCACAUUCUUCGAGGGCGGUAUGGUUGGUCACGUUGGCUUCGCAGACCCGUUCGACAACAAGGUCGGUGAGAUUGUGAGGAAGCUAGGACACAGCUUGAAUGGUGAGGGAGUGCACCUUCACGACAAGGGCACAAUCAUCUGCAUGGAGGGACCACAGUUCAGCACAAGAGCCGAGAGCAACAUGUACCGCUCAUGGGGCGGGAGCGUCAUCAAUAUGAGUGUCCUACCAGAGGCGAAGCUGGCCAGAGAGGCCGAGAUUGCUUACCAGAUGAUCUGCAUGAGCACCGACUACGACUGCUGGCACGACAGUGCUGGAGACGUGACAGUGGAGAUGGUCAUGGGCAACAUGAAGGCUAAUGCAGAGAAUGCACGUCGAUUCGUGGGUGCGGUUCUGGACGAGUUGAGCAAGGAAGAGCACGCGUCACUGGUUGCUGCAACUCAUCUGAAGGAGCAGACCAAGUUUGCUGGGAGCAUGACUGCGCCUGCUGGUCGCAGCAAGGAGGCCAAGGAGAAGCUGGAGUGGCUAUUCCCAGGUUACUUCAACUGA